AUGAAAGGUGUGAAGAGAUUUUACAAAGUUGGGAAACUAAGUCCAAGGUAUGUUGACCCUUCUGAGAUAUCAGAGAGAGUUGGCAAUGUGGCUUACAGAUUGAUUUUUUCAUCUCACAUGAGUGGAGUACAUAAUGUAUUACAUAUAUCUUCUUUGAGGAAAUACAUUUCAGAUGAAGCUCAGAAGAUUAGUGCUGAAUCAAUAGAUAUCCAACCAGAUCUGACUUUUGUAGAUGAGCCUGAGAAGAUCAUAGAUUAUGAUGUUAAGCAGCUUCGAAUUAGAGAGAUUCCUUGUGUUAAAGUUCUGUGGAAGCAUGAAUCUGAGAAAGAUGCUACUUGGGAGAAGGAAUCAGAGAUGAGAGAGAGCUACCCACACCUAUUUGAUUAA